AUGGUGCCAAAAUUGGUGGGCAUGGCUGGUCAUCGUGGGACAAUGUGGCUUCUUCCCGCUGUCCUCCUCUUCCUUCAGAUGAUGCAGACAGGAACUGCACUUCUUCCUUCUGCACUUACCUUUUUUGCUUCACAGGCUGUUCUGUUAAAUGAGGAAGGGGAAGAGUUUUGUGGUGGAACAAUUCUGAAUGAAAACUUUAUACUUACUGCAGCUCAUUGCAUCAACCAAUCCAAAGAAGUCAAAGUUGUUGUUGGGGAAGUGGACAGAGAGAAGGAGGAACAGUCUGAAACAAUGCAUACUGUGGACAAAAUAUUUGUUCACUCCAAAUUCGUUGCUGAGACUUAUGAUAAUGACAUUGCCUUACUGAAGCUGAAGGAACCUGUCCAGUUUUCGGAGUACGUCAUUGCAGCGUGUCUCCCCAAAGCAGACUUUGCUAAUGAAGUUCUGAUGACCCAAAUAUCUGGGACAAUUAGUGGCUUUGGGCGUGAAGUUGAUGGUGGACGACUCCCAAAAAAACUGAAGGUGCUUGAAGUCCCCUAUGUUAAUAGGAACACGUGCAAGCAAUCCACUAACUUUGCAAUAACUGAGAACAUGUUCUGUGCUGGUUAUGACACAGAAGAAAAAGAUGCCUGUGAAGGAGACAGUGGUGGCCCCCAUGUGACUAGAUACAAAGAUACUUAUUUCGUUACUGGAAUUGUUAGCUGGGGUGAAGGAUGUGCAAGGAAAGGCAAAUAUGGUGUCUAUACCAAACUGUCCCGGUACUUGCGUUGGGUACGAACAGUCAUGAGUUUGUAGGGYUGGUGUGUCCCUUGAACCUUCCAUUAGCUGCCAAUGUGCAGGUUUUGGAAUGGAAACUGUCUUUUCCCUGCUUCUGCCAGAUAUGUUUUGAGAUCUGAUUYCUUAAAAUUAUGGUUCUGCCUCCAUUUAUAUUAUUCCUGGAUUUGCRUGGGUUGAACAAKAGAAUUUCUCCAAAGAAAAUGGCURCUCAGUGGAGUCAUUGGUUUCUUCUGGUUAUUUUUCAAAGGCCAUUUUGCUUCCUCUCUUUUGACCCAAAAGCUUCUGCCAGAGGCUCCUAAAGUUGCUAAGAACUUUCACUAGUCACGAUGAAAGCAGGAAGAACAGGAAUUGAGUUAAUCCUCAUAUUGCAACCAUGUGGCUCAGCCGGGAGUUUGUCUUUCCUGGAGCUGUUUAGCUCCUACCUUGAGAUGUGUUCAGAAGAUUAAGAGAGCAGGGGAUCUUGCAUGGCUAAACAAAAAAGGGCUUUUGCUUUAUAAGGAUUGUACUUCACUUGACUUUAUUUAGAACACUCUGCAAAUCAGAAUACAGAAAAAAUAUCUGGGCGAGGUCACCAUUUUGAAUAUCUUCUUCUGGACUGUGUAUGGCUGAGGAUUGGAAAGCCCCUUGCAUAUGUAUUAUUCUACAUGUUACUGUUAAAUGCAAUAUUGAUGUACACCAGCAUUUGAAAUAAAACAUUUUUUCUUUUUU